AUGGCAAAUGCUGGCAAGAAGACCAGAGGGAGACAGAAGAUUGAGAUGAAGAGAAUUGAGAAAGAUGAAGACAGGUUAAUCACUUUCUCAAAACGUAGAUCUGGUAUCUACAAGAAGGCAAGUGAACUUGUUACCCUCACUGGGGCUGAAGUCGGGAUAUUGGUGUUUUCACCAUCAGGAAAGCCCUUCACCUUUGGUCACCCAUCAAUCGAAGCUGUGGCGAACCGCUUCUUGGGUAUGCAACCGCCAGAGAAUGACACAACUCAUCCGCUGGUGGAGGCUCACCGGAAAGUGAGAAUCGAUGAGCUGAAUCAGGUACACAAUGAACUUCUCCGCAAACUUGAGGCUGAGAAGGAGCGAGGGAAGAUAUUGAAGCAGAUGCUUAGAGGGAACGAAAGGAAGGGGUGGUGGGAAGCUUCCGUUGAUGAACUUAACGUGGAAGAGCUCCACCGAAUGCAUGCUUCUCUGGAAGAGUUGCACCAGAGUUUGUUCAACCAAAUCUGUCAAAUGACUAGUGGAACUCCGGGGGCCUCUACUUCUACAAUGCCUCCUCCACCAAAUCCCUGCCAACAAACAAACCCUUUUCUGGCAAACAAUCCGAAUGAAGCAGGUCCAUCCAGUGCUCCCUAUCCUUAUGGCUAUGGUUAUUUCAAGCCGGGGCAGUUUUAG